AUUCACGAGAUAGAUGGACGACGGUGUGAGGUGAAGAUACCGCUCUCCAGGGGUGAAGUAUCUCCACCAGUGGUAACGCGAGUAUUUUUGGGACGUGUACCUGAGACGAUGACGGCCGAUGAUCUGAGGACAUUCUUCAACGAGGAGGCGGCCAAGAUCGAUCCGGAUGCAAAGGUGACAGACGUCUACAUCCCGCGUCCGUUCAGAUCGUUUGCGUUCGUCAACUUCUCCAGUGGGCUGGUAGCGGCCAAACUUAUAAGUAAGGGGGAUUAUGUGGUGAAAGGCUCAUCGCUGGCCGUGUGCGCGGCGGCUCCACGGGAAUAUUCGGAUUAUUCGCCGCGGAUGGCGCCGAAAGGGAACUACGCAGGAGGGGGAUCGUAUAUUAGGAAGAUUGCCACUGCGUCACCACGAUACGACUCCUAUUCAGCGAGACAGCAGCAGCAGGUGGGUAUUAACAUGAUAUUAGUAUGA